GUUCUGACAUAUGUCAUGUGUAAUUUAGGAUUUGCAUCUGUGAUUCAUUUGUUUUCUUUGAUGAAAUGAAAUGAAAAAUUGAAAUUUGAAUCCAGAUUAAUCCUCUAAUUGUGUAGUUAGAUAUUUGUCAAAAAUGUCGAUGUUUCCAGGGACGGUGGCCUUUGACGAAUUUGGCCGGCCGUUUAUUAUUUUAAGGGACCAAGAAAACCAAAAACGGCUAACCGGUAUCGAUGCUUUGAAGUCGCACAUCCAAGCUGCGCGUUUGAUCGCGAGCAUCCUUCGCACAUCACUUGGCCCGAGAGGGCUAGACAAGAUGAUGGUGUCAGCUGACGGUGAAGUAACAGUCACCAACGAUGGUGCAACUAUCCUUAAGCUGAUGGAUGUGGACCAUGAAAUUGGCAAGCUUAUGGUGCAGCUUGCUCAGAGCCAGGAUGAUGAGAUUGGUGAUGGCACUACAGGGGUAGUUGUGUUGGCAGGCGCUCUUUUAGAACAAGCAUCAUCCCUACUCGACAAGGGUAUUCACCCCAUCCGUAUCGCAGAUGGCUUUGAAAUGGCAGCGGCAACAGCCUUAACACAUCUAGACAGCAUCAGUGAAGCUUUCCCAGUCAACAAGGAUACAAGGGACAACCUCAUCAAAGUUGCAAGAACUACCCUUGGGAGCAAAGUUGUCGUGAAAUGUCAUCAGUUGAUGGCUGAGAUAGCUGUUGAUGCAAUUCUUUCUGUAGCAGACUUAGAGAAACGCGAUGUGAACUUUGAGUUAAUCAAAGUGGAGGGAAAAGUAGGGGGUCGCAUGGAAGACUCCAUGUUAGUAAGAGGUGUAGUCAUCAAUAAGACAAUGAGCCAUUCCCAGAUGCCCAAAGUACUUAAGGAUGUAAAGCUGGCUAUCCUAACCUGCCCGUUUGAGCCACCUAAGCCUAAGACCAAGCAUAAGCUCCAAGUUGGCUCAGCUGAGGAAUAUCGCGACCUGCGUCGUUAUGAGCACGAGAAGUUCCUCGAAAUUGUGCGUAGGGUCAAGGAUGCAGGAGCAACCCUGGCCAUUUGCCAAUGGGGUUUCGACGAUGAAGCAAACCAUCUUUUACUCUCUGAAGACUUACCAGCUGUACGCUGGGUAGGAGGUCCUGAGAUGGAACUCAUCGCCAUCGCAACUGGGGGCAGGAUUGUGCCACGCUUCGAGGAGCUAACUCCAGAUAAAUUAGGUUCAUGCGGCCUGGUCAGGGAGCUAACCUUCGGAACGUCCAAAGACGAGAUGCUGGUCAUAGAGCAGUGCUCCAACUCUCGUGCAGUGACGCUGUUGAUGCGCGGCGGCAACCGGAUGAUUGUGGAGGAGGCGAAGCGCUCGGUGCACGACGCGUUGUGCAUUGUGCGCAGCUUGGUUCAGGAUUCCCGAGUUGUGUAUGGCGGUGGUGCGGCCGAAGUGUCUUGCUCUCUGGCGGUUGCACGCGCCGCGGACAAACUGUCCUCCUUGGACCAGUACGCUUACAGGGCCUUCGCUGACGCUCUGGAGGCUAUCCCGCUCGCACUCGCAGAGAACAGUGGUUUGUCUCCAAUCGACACCCUGUCCGAACUGAAAGCAAGACAGGCGUCUGAGAACAACAGCAACCUCGGAGUGGACUGUAUGUCAAAUGAUUCAAAUGACAUGAAAGCAAUGAAUGUGAUUGAAUCUCUGCACUCCAAGAAGCAACAGAUUGCGCUGGCAACUCAACUAGUGAAGAUGAUCUUGAAGAUAGAUGACGUACGUUCGCCGGCCGACCAAUAAUAUUGAGUCAUAUCACAAAUCAUUAUUAAAUAUUUACUACACCCAAUAGACUUAACGACAUUACAGACGUGUUGAAUAAUUUAACAGCACGUUUCGUAUGAUGCUAACGUAACUAAACAGACUGACAAAGUCUGAUAACUUAACGGCAACUUGUGGUGAUAAUAAAAGGUUUGUUGUAGAUAUUUCGGACAGUCAUUCUACGUUUUUGUAACAUAAAAUAUUACAUAAAGGCUAUAAGGUUUAUAAUCUACGCUUUCCUACUGAACAAUACUGAGUUUAAAUA